AUGGCCCUGGAUCCCGGUAGUCCACCCUCCCUACAGCAACAUCAGAUCCAGAGAAGGGGUGGAGGGAAAGGGGUCCCCUGUGCUGGCGCUGGCCCUGCUCCCAGCCUCCGUGGUGCCUCCGGACCCAUGCAGCUGUUCAGGGUGCUGCGUCUCCUCUGGAUGCUCAGGGCCUUCCUGGGGUCCACAGUGCAGUGCUACAAUAACGCCACUUGGAAUGGAAAAGAAUGUGUCUGUGCCCAAGGCUACUCUGGUUACCAGUGUAAACACGUCAAGGAAUACUUCUUCAUAGAGACCCCCCCAAAAAUUAAUGCCACUAUAGACCUGAGAGUGAAAGUGACUAACAGGAAUUUCACAGAUGACCUAAAUGACAAAUCCUCUGAUGCAUACAAGAACUUCGUUCAAGUAUUCAAGAGUCGGAUGGAUAAAGUUUACAGGGGCAACAACUUUCCCCAAUACAGAGGCGUGAAUGUCAUAAGACUGCUUCCUGGCAGCAUCGUGGUGGAACAUGAAGUCAUCAUGGAGGCCAACUAUACUUCGGGGUACCUGGAGCUGUUUGGAAACCUCACUAAGAUUGUAAAGGCCAACAUUAUGAAUGAGACCACACAGCUACACGGGAAUUCUGAAGACUGCAAAAACCUCUCACUUCUGUGCUACGAUGAGACGGCCACCAUCGUGAACCCCGUGAAGGUCGGCUUUGACCCGCAAGAGCAAUGCACUAAGAAUUCUGCGAAGGAAUUCGCCCAGUUCUACUACAUAGAGGAGCUGGAUGGGAAGCUGGCCUGUGUGACCAAGUGCACUCCAGGGACGAAGUCGGAAAUGGACUGUCACCACGGCAGGUGCCAGCUGCAGCAAAGCGGCCCCCGUUGUCUAUGCCUGAACUCAGACACACACUGGUACUCGGGGGAGACCUGUGAAUCCAGCACCAGCAAGAGCAUGGUAUAUGGGAUUGUGGGGGCCGUGGGGGCGCUCCUGGUGGCCUUGGUGGUGGUCCUGAUCUUCUUACUCGGCCGAUCCCAGAGAAAACUGAACAGCAGGCAAGAGUACGACAUGUCUCGAGAGUGGCAAGAUGCAGGCUACCCUGGCAGUUUUGAGAACACAAGCGUCUGGGAAGGUGAGGAUCUGAAGGGGGACACAUUUGGCCUUGAAAACAUCUACAGAAACUUCCAGCCCUCCUUGGGGAGUGUGGACCCCACUACAGAGCUCCACAUUCAGAAGCCGACAGUGGUGACCACUGCUCCGUGA